CGGUGUAUAGACAACAGUUGUUAACAACGAAAAGAUCAUUACGUAGACGUAGCCAUAGUAGUUGAACAGGAGUGGCAAGAGAAUAAUUCAAUAAAGAGGCGAGUGAAUUUCUGCUGAAAAAUUAACAGGAAGAAAAUGAAGACUGCACAAGGAGCUCUGUUUAUUGCUGUGUUUCUAGUUUUCAGCUAUGUAGCUGGCUCAUUUGUUUCAUUUGACACAGUUGUUAAAAAGUGGACUAGCUUUAAUUGUAGCUUUCCAGAGCCUUCAGUUUACUCCUCAGCAGAGUCAGUUCUUCAACCUUGCAAGAUUUUAACCAAUAUGUCUGAGGCAUACCCACUUUGUUAUUUUUUUUACAGCACAUCUCUUAGUAUGUGUGCUAGUGAUUCGACGAGGAAAAUGCUUCUUACUCAUGAAUCCAUUAACAAAUCACCCUUCAGUAAGAACAAUUCUACAGACAAUCGUAUUUGCACAUCUUUUGCGCUUGCAUCAAAACCUAAUAGUUCACAGAACAUUAAUACUGAUGUCUGCCAAAAGCUAUGUUUAAGUAACACUCAUAUUGAACUGAAGCCUAUUUGUAGGGCAUUGGCUGCUGCUGUAUGUAUUUUCUUGGGUGAAGAACAUUGUCACCUUCCAGAACCAGAGAAGGUUUUACAAAAGAAGACUACAGAGAGUGCACCUCCUUUACCUGCAAGUGAAAGUGAAAAAACUGCUGCACCAGUCGAUUCAAAGACUGAAGCAGAUUUAACCUCCAAUGAAGUAACAACUGCUAAGACACCAUCAGAAGCAGCUAAACCCUCCAAUAAUUCAGGUGCUGUGAAUAAAACUCCUCAAUCAUCCAGUGGCACAGAUGAUGUCCCAUUAGACUCAGACAUAAAGGAAGAAAUUACUACAACCAAAAUAGAUGUUGGGGAUGGUAAGAAAGGUGACCCAGUGCCAGAUAAAACAACUCCAGGCUACUCUGAUGAUGUAACAACUACACCUAAGCCAGAUGCCGGAGAAAUAGAUCCAGACAAAACCAAAACCACUUCCAAGCCAUCUGAUAAAAGUGAGGUUCAAAAACAAAACAAUGAAAAAACAGUGGAACCCUCACCCAGUUAUGUUGUAUUGGAAGGGGAUAAGAAACAGAACAAAAAUGAAGAGAAGCCCGGAUCACCUUCAUCGAAUGGUGUUGAACCUGAAGGCAGUAAAGUUGAGGGGAACAAAAGUUUAGGGAAAACAGAACCAUCUUCAUUAAGUGAUAAGUCUCAUGAAAAUAAAAAUGAGAAUCCAGCAGAAACAGCAGAACCCACUGAUGAAAAUGAUCUCUUUUCUUCUACCGAUUUGCCAAGAGAAAAUGAAAACAGUAAGGAUGAUGGAAUGGGAAUUAAUGAAGUUGAAGGAGAAAAUAAAGAUGAUGAUAAAGUUUCAAUAAAAGCUAAAGUAAACAAAAUAACAGAUGAUAAUAAAGCUAGUAACAUAGAAGAAGAAGAAUCUGGAUCAGGACAUUUCUUAGCUUACUUCUUAACUGCUGUCAUCAUCUGUGUCUCUGGAUAUAUUGUUUACCAUAAUAAACAAAAGAUCAUGGCCUUUAUUAUAGAGGGUCGAGGUGGCAGUAGAGGUCGUCAGCGGUCUAAAGGUGUCAAAUACACAGAACUGAAGAGUAAUGUGGAAGAGGUCCUACCUUCUUUGGAAAAAACAGCAACUGUGAAGCAUUUUGUUUACUGAUCAAGUAAUUUUUUUGUGUAAUUUUAGCCACAAAUUGUCUUCAAUAAGACUACUUAUACAAAAAUUCAUUGUCUAUUUGAUUUUUAAAAUUUUGAUUGGUUAAAAUAAUUCCAUUUUAUGUAGGAAAACUUUUAAAUGAAUAGAGGAAAUAUGUUUCUUUAAUUUAAUUACUGUUUUUAAAAUAUAAAUCCAAUAUAAAAGGUACUCAACUGUAUAUACUGGUGAAUAUUUAUUUAGGUUAAAGUUUUGUGGGAUUUUUUCACUGUAUUAAAUUUAUAUAAAAACCAUAAGCAAUGCAUUCCAUAUUACACUGGUUAAACAUGCAAAUAAGUCUUUAGUAUAAUAUCAUAAACAAAAAAAAUGAUGUUAUAAAAUGCAUAGUGAAUCUCUAAAGUACUGGAAUUAUUUUAUAACCUCAAAAUUUAAGUGGAAAUUACAUAUUUCAUUUAUAUUUUAAAGUUUUUUAAUUAAAGAGUUCUUUUGAAAGAUUUUUUUUUACGUCAAAUCCCAGUCAUAUGGAUUAUUCUGUAUUUUACAAAAGUUGCAACUGCCAUUAACUUGUACCCUAAAUUAAUGUAUAUAUGGUAGUUUAUUAAAAAUGGUGAGAAAGAAGCUUGCAGUUGUCAUAAUUGUUCAUGAUUGAUUAUACAAUUCUGUGAUUAAAUAAAUCUUAAGCAGUGAAUGUGUUGUAUUCCUGUUUGCAAUUAUGUCACUUUAAUGAAUGCUACUAAGGAGCACAUCCAUCAGUAAAGAAAAAGUUUUCUUUUUUAGUAAAGCCUAUGAAAUCAGCCAAUACCACUUGAUCAUCUCUGAAUAAGACUAAAACAACUCCGCUGGACUUAGCUUUGAUAAAAUUUGUUGCGAGGUGUUGUAAGUCUGUGGCUAUUUUGUUUCAUUGAGUACUGUUGAACAAGUUAAAGAGAGACAUUUAUUCAGUAAAUCUGAUUUUGCCGAGUGAUGUGAAAUAGCAAUAUUAGAUUUUGUCAUGUACAAGAAUUUUAGUAUGCACAUAGUAUGGUUGAUAAGUAAUUUCUGUAUGCAGGUGAAAUGUAGAUACAAUUAACACGCUCCAUAUCUUUUUUUUUAAUAUUCUCAGUAAUGGGAAUGUACAUAUUCAUUUGAAAGUUGUGAUCAUACCUACCAGUGGUGGGGAGGGGGAGAAAACCCUAUGAAUUCCUGGUUAUGCCAUUGUCGCUUCAUGACUCAUGCUUCAUUGCAUUUGUUUUAAAAUAUAUUUUAACAAUUAAGUAAACACUUGUUUUUCAGUAAACAUUUGUUUUUAUUUUAUUUAACAACAAGCUUUCUGAUCAAAUAUCAGAUUACUAACUUUUUUUUCAAGUACUAAAUACACAUAAAUAUAAUACAUCACUUAAUUUAGUUUACUAGCUGUGAUUCAUGCUGGCAAAUUUUAGUAAUGGCAUUAAAAUUAUGUUGCUUUUAUAUUAUUCUAUGCACUAUUUCUGUUUUUAAUAAAUGAUAAUUAAAAAAAAACAACUAAAAUUGCUAGUUACCCAAUAUGGGUGGUUAUAAUUGAAGAUGUAGUUAGUCUUACAAAUAGGUUGAUUGAUUGUCCUUUAUAGUUAAAAGUAUUUUUCAGUCAGCAGAAAAUUGUGGGGAAUGUUUGAGAUAAUAAAUACCUGAUGUGGUACCUGUGAAUUUUACAAUUUUCCAUAUCACAUUUACUGAAUGGUUUGUUUGAUUAGUAUUUUCUACUUUCCAGGACUCAUAUUUUGUAUCAUUGGAUUGUAAAAAUGUAGAUAGCUGUUGAAAUUGUGCUUUAAGUGAAUUUUAUUAAAAGAAAUGCCUACCUUUUCUGUUAACAGUAUUUUCUGAACAUUACAUUGCUUGAUACAAAUUGAUGGCUGUUCAAAAUCUAUUGAUGCUUGCUUUUUAAAUUUGAACACUUUCUGAAUAUUCAUUGUCCAUGUAUCAAAAUGUGGGUUUAAUUUUGUAAAAGUUUUUCUCUCAAUAAAAAUGACACUUUUAUACUUCAUCAGGGUUUUGAUUUAAAAUUGCAUUAAAAUUUGUUGGACACUUGAAAGUACUUGAGAUGAUGAUGAACUCUUUCAAAUAAACAGUUUUAAAGUAAACAACAAAACAGGAAAAGUUGAUUAAAAUAUACUAUCAAUUUAUAUGCUUUGAAAUGUAAACAUCAAUUUUUGAAUGAAAAAUAGUCACCAAACUAUUGUUUGCAUACCCAAAACAGCUAAUUAAAAAUAUGAAAUUUUU